UUGGUAUGAGGGCGAUUUAACCACAGCGAAGGCAACAGAGAUCUGGAGAAGUACUCAGGAGCUGAGCUUUUCAUCAAAGGCAGCAGAAGGACAUUUUGGUCAGUUUAGCGGGAGAUAUAAACCGUGUCUGCAGUCGAGAAGUGUCUAACAUUUCGGGACAUUUUCACUCCGCUGUCUAACCGCGCUGCCUGGAAAACACUGUGUGUGUGUGUGUGUGUGUGUGUGAGUGAGUGAGUGAGUGAGUGAGUGAGAUGAACUCUUCAGUGGUGUUUAAUUGAUGAACAGACGGAGGCAGAAAGCAUGAAGCAUCAUGUUCACUGUCUGUUCCUCUGGGAAAACCGUGAGACCUGUCUGCACAGACCUGGACGAGUUUGACUCUAUUCGCAGUGUUUUACUCUACAGUGAGCUCGAACCUGAGUGGCUUGACGAUGUUCAGAAGAACGGUGAGCUCUUCUACCUGGAGCUGAGUGAAGGCGAAGAAGAAGCUGUACUUUCUCACAUCACUGCCACUCAGUCUGCUGCUACCAAUCAUGUACGUUUCAGUGAUAAAGAGGCGGAGAUCAUUACUGACAAACGCAGCAAAAAACGUACGGACUCCGGCGCGAAAUCACAACCGAAAUUCAAGAAGCUUGCUAAAAUCCUGGCAGGCAAACGACGGCCAUCUCACAGAAGCAAGGCUGAUGGGAAAAACGGCAGAGUUUCUCAGCCACCGACGUCCAUUUUGAAGAACCAGGCGGGGCCACGGACGGGAUUGGUGGUGCAGCAGCCAUAUUUGAAAGAUGUGUGUGUUUAUGUCAACCCUAAACGUCUGGGCUGCAUGUCUCCUUCUCCUUCAGAGAAAGGAGGCUUACUGGAGGCCUUAUUAGGAGUGAUCCUCCGAGGCGGAGAUGGUUUGGGCUGUAAUGGGGAGAAACUCAUCAUUCACGGACUGGUACCUCAUAGUCCUGCCAGCAAGUGUGCACAGAUUUUAAUUGGUGACGUCCUUGUGGCUGUUGACGACGUGGAUGUUACAUCAGAGAACAUUGAGAGGGUUCUGUCUUGUAUUUCUGGACCAACACAGGUGCAUUUGACUCUAGAGACGGGCACCGCAGGCUCUGUAAUGGACUCGGAGGUGGCGAGACCGAGACCCGCGGCCCCGGUCAGCCAGCUGGUGCGUCUCCUCUGGGGUGAGGACACCACGGAGCUGCAGAUGAGCGUAGCGCACAUCCCUCACAUCGUCAUGUACCUGUCACUCAAACUCGACUCCGAGUCGCCUCAGGAGGAGCAGGAGGUCUUGUACCAGUACCCAGUGUCUGAGGCAGCAGCACAGCUGAAGGCAGUGAGAGGAAUCUUCCUCACGCUGUGCGACAUGCUGGAGAACGUCACCGGGGGACAGAUCAUCAGCUCCUCCCUGGUGCUCAGAAAGCAAUUGGUCCAUGUGGGUUAUUGGAAGGAAGGAGAGAAUCUGCUGGUGGUGGGUCUGCCUGCUGACAGGGUGCCAUUGCUGCAUCUGCAGACUGUUAUAAGUGGCUUGGUGCGGACUCUCAGGGUCAUGUACGGCUCCCUGCACAGUGCCUUCAGUGAGGUGGAGAAUGCACCUCGCCUGGAUCAUUUCUUCUGCCUGUUCUUCCAGAGAAUCAUCCAGCCCUCUCGUCUGAGUGACAGCCCUGGCUCCGCCCCCUCCAUCAUCUCCGGGACCCUCUUCCUAGACGACUUACCUGCCAUGCGCUGGCUCACUUUACCUCCAGACGUUAAGGUCGAAGUGGACACUGUUCUGUCAGACUUUGAGUCCUCUGACUUUGGUGACAUGUCAGAAGACUUCUAUGGCAUGCGGCGUCUGUACGUCAUUUUAGGGUCCUGUCUCUUCUACAAGGGUUAUCUGAUAGCAAACCACCUGCCUAAAGAGGACCUUCUGGACGUGUGUCUGUACUGCCAGCACUACUGUCUGCUGUGUCUGGGUGCAGAGCAGCGUGUGGGGCAGCUGGUGGUGUGGAGGGAGGUGUUCCUGCAGAGCCGCUCACACCCUGACUCACACACCUCCACCUCCACCUCCCACCCAGGCUACUGCGAGUCCCAUGGCCGCUUUUUCCUCCUCGUCGUCGGUCUGAAACAUUUUAUGCAGUGUGUGUUACUGGAAGCCGGUGGUUGUGCGUCUCUUGCUCACGGAUCUCCCGGUCCUGACUGCAUCUACGUCGACCAGGUCAAAGCUACUCUCCUGCAGCUCGAGAGUCUCGAGUGUGCCAUUGAAGAACGUCUCUCAGCUCCUCCCACUCCUUGCCUGUCCUGUGCCGAUUGGUUCCUGCCCUCCAGUGGGCGGGGCCGCCAGGACGUGAUUGGCAGCUCACCCAUCCUUAACCGGCUGACAGCAGCCAUCAAGCCACCGUCACCUGGCACGAUUGGUCGAAGCCUGUUCGGAGAGGCAGGGGCAGGGUCAGGGCUGAAGGGCAGGAAGCCGAGCCCACAGAGGAGCGUGUCGGACAGCGGGAGCGAGCUGGGUGACGUUGGGUUGAGAAUGCCCUCUGCUGGUACUCGCAGGGAUUCUCUGGGGUCUGGGGGAUCAGAUGGCAGUGGCAGCAGUGGGGGACUGUUUAAGAUUCCCAAACUUAAGCAGCCCAAUCCAUUCUAUCUGGGUUCUCUGAAGAAGAGCCUGACCGAGAGAGAGGCCGAGGAGCUGCAGAACACUCUGAAGCUCACAGCAGGUUUGGAAAAUACACUUUUUCACUAUGUUCUGAUGGAGACAGUGCAGGGCAUCUUCAUCACGCCUACACACCGAGAGAUAUCGCAGCUCAGCGGCUCCAUCCACCCUCAACUCAUCCGCAACUUCCACCACUGUUGCCUGUCCAUCCGCCACGCCUUCCAGCAAAGCCUGCCACCACGGCAAGACAGGCGAGGAACUGACAGGCCACACACGUCUCGAGGCCUUGGUCCAGUUAAAGAACAUGGCAUUUUGUUCCAGUGCAAACCCGAGAACUGGACGGACCAAAAGAAACCUGCUCCCACAAUGACCUACUGGGUUAUCGGGCGGAUGGUGCUAGAACCCAUUCCUCAGGAGUUCUACGUAUGUUUCCACGACUCGGUGCCGGAGGUACCUGUGGAGAUGGCCUUCAGGCUCUCGUUCGGCCUGGCCGUGUGAUUUUUCUUCAGGUUUCCGGGGUCACGCUGAAUAUUAAAAACCUGCAUGAUGAAAAGAGAUGCCGAGGCUGAAUGCUAGCUUACAUAAAGGGCUGAAUUAUUGGGUCCUUUAUUAUUUUAUUUUUCUGUAUUAGUAUAAUUCUGUGUUCAGGAACAGACCUGUGUGUCGUCCAGCAAAUGAGCAGGAGUCAGUCGUCUAUAAAAUCUCAACAUUUAUACCUCAGACUGUGCUGAAAUGUUUUAAAGAGAGGGAUAAAGCUAACAGGUUUCGGGACAUUAGUGCAGGAGCCUGGAGUUUCACUAUAGAGACGUGUAAAGCUGGCGUGUGUGAGAAAAGUGCUGUAGGUUUGCACACGGCAGGUUUUCUCACAUUGCAGCUAUGGAUGAUUUUACAUCAUACUGGACCAAAACACAGCCUCAUGACUUGCCAAACAGUUGCACAUGUGUCCAUGCUGCUGGUGUAGUAAAGAGCUUGAUAUUCCACUGACCAACAUCAGGGUGUUUUUAUAUAUUGUGGUAAAAUGUUUAUUUAAGAUGUAGCUAUGGAAGCUUGUUUCAGCUACGAGAAAAAUAUCACAAAUACUUCCUCUCAUAAUCUUUUUUUUCCUCGCAGCUACGAGUUAAUUUCUCACAAUUGCAAUUUAAUGCUGAAGUCAGAAUGAAUGAAUUAUUAACGAAUGAACUGAUCGUGUGAUUUCUACGAUAUUAACACAGAAUUGCGGGAUUAACAUUUUCUCAUAAAUGCCGUGAACCAGCGUCCAUAUGAAGCAGUUUGUGUUUUGUAUUCAAACUCUGCACCACAGAUGUAUAAAAUCAAUACAACCA